GACAACCCUCACCAGCAGCACCCAGAGACGAGCUGGGAGGAAGCAGCCCACUGCUGAGCUCUGGGUCAGGCACAUGAACUGGACUGAGUUUGGCACUGCAAGCCUGAGAGCAAAGCAGAGAACUCUUUGUGGGAAUGCCCCUUGCAGGGACUCCUGCUCCUGUUAAAAGGAAAAAGUCCACUAAACUCAUUGGGAAGCUGACACAAGAAGUCAUGCCACAAGAGGUAUCCAAGCUGAACUUGGGGAAGAAGAUCAGCAUCCCCAGAGAUGUGAUGUUAGAAGAACUUUCUCUCCUCAAUAACAAAGGAUCCAAGAUGUUCAAAUUACGUCAGCUGAGGGUGGAGAAGUUCAUUUAUGAGAAUAACCCUGAUGCCUUCACCGACAAUUCUAUGGAUCACUUUCAGAAGUUCAUCCCACCAGGAGGGCAUUACGGGGAAGAUGCUCAUGGCUAUGCCCAUGGGCGGAUGGUAGGAGGAGUGACAGCUGGACAGCAUGGCUCCGGUAUGCAGCAGCAUUCUGCUGGUCCUCAUGGGCCUGGAAGCAAAAGUGGCCCUGGGGACAAUGAAGGGCAACAUGUCGGGGAAUCAGCUGGAACUGGUGGAGAAGGAGGUGAUGGUACUGAGAAAGAUGCAAAGCCAGGAGGCAAAAAAAUCACUAUAUUUAAAACUUACAUCUCCCCUUGGGAACGAGCAAUGGGUAUCAGCCCUGAGGACAAAAGUCAGUUGACUAUUGACUUAUUGUCAUAUAGCCCCAAAGCCGAUUUCCCCCAUUACAAGUCUUUUAACCGGACUGCCAUGCCUUAUGGGGGUUUUGAGAAAGCAGCCAAACGGAUGACCUUCAAAGUGCCUCAGUUUGAUAUUGGCCCUUUGCUUCCAGAAUCUCUCAUGAUUUUUAAUCAAAAUUUCAGCAACAGACCCUCCUUCAACAGAACCCCAAUACCUUGGAUGCCUUCAGGAGACUCUGAGUACCAUACUGAGUUAAAUGUGCCAAGGAGUGGUGAAACAGAAGAGCUGUAAAUCCCCAUCUCUAAGGCCUUCCUUUCUUUCUCAGCCCUUCCUAUUUGCAAGUUGAUAGUAAGGAGCUGAAAAG